AUGAUUGGAUUGAGUAAGAGACUGGACAAGGGAAGUGUGGCUUCCCAAGCGAAAAGGUUAGCCAAAGGACUGCUACUAGCCCAAGGGUCAGCUGCAAGCCGGACUCUCGCACCUGCCUCUACAAGAUUGAUCUAUACAAGUACACAAUCUAGUGUUUUUACCACUAGCAGCAGCAGUGCUGCUGCUGCCAUUGCAAAAGGAAAGCUGCUCUCAAACAAGACCCUUCCAGCUGCUACCACCACCAUCCAGCGCAUGCACAACCACAUCAGCGCCUCCACAGACGGCAGGGACAUCCCAGAGGAGGUCCUGGACUUGCCCAUCGACGAGUACCACGAGAUCUCCGACGAGUUCAUGGAGAAUUUGCUCGAACAGCUCGAGACCCUUUCCGAUGAGCAGCCCAACCUCGUCAACGAUGUCGAGCUUUCCCAGGGCGUCAUGAAUAUCGAAGUGCCAGGAAAGGGCGUCUACGUGAUCAACAAGCAGCCUCCCAACAAGCAGAUCUGGCUUGCCUCGCCAAUCUCGGGCCCCAACCGUUUCGACUACUACAAGAACGAGUGGGUUUCGCUCAGAGAUGGCUCCAAGUUGCUGGAAGUCUUGGGAAAUGAGCUCGAAACAAGCUUGCACUAG